GGGAGGGGGCGCGUCGGUGGCGGGCUUCGCGCGUUGCCGGGAGAUCCCGAGACAACAAAAGGCGCGGGCGGCGGCGGCGGCGGCGGCGCGGCUAAGGGAAGCCGAGGAGUCCUGCGCUGCGUUCGCCGCCGGAGGCCGGGGCUUUCUCGAGCCAGAGUCCAGAUCUUACGUAAAAUGGAUGUUUCUCACACUACUGAAUAUUAAAUAGAAAAUCUAUUUAGUAAAAUCUAAGCUACCAUGGAAGAAAUACCAGUAAAAGUUGCUGUAAGAAUUAGGCCUCUGCUGUGCAAAGAAGUUCUUCAUAAUCAUCAAGUUUGUGUGAGAGUUAUUCCAAACACUCAACAAAUUAUCAUUGGGAGAGAUAGAGUCUUUACUUUUGAUUUUGUUUUUGGCAAAAAUUCCACUCAAGAUGAAGUUUAUAAUACCUGUAUAAAGCCACUUGUGUUGUCACUCAUUGAGGGCUAUAAUGCAACUGUUUUUGCCUAUGGACAAACUGGAUCUGGGAAGACAUACACCAUUGGAGGAGGCCAUGUUGCUUCAGUUGUGGAGGGUCAAAAGGGUAUCAUUCCUCGAGCUAUCCAAGAGAUAUUUCAAAACAUCUCUGAAAACCCUAGCAUUGACUUUAAUAUAAAAGUAUCCUAUAUAGAAGUAUACAAGGAAGACCUAAGAGAUCUUCUAGAAUUGGAGACAUCUGUGAAGGAUCUUCACAUCCGAGAAGAUGAAAAAGGAAACACAGUGAUUGUUGGGGCCAAGGAGUGCCAGGUGGAGAGUGCUGAUGAAGUGAUCAGUCUCCUGGAAAUGGGGAAUGCGGCCAGGCAUACCGGUACCACUCAAAUGAACGAGCAUUCCAGUAGAUCACAUGCAAUUUUUACAAUCAGCAUUUGUCAAGUGGAGAAAAAUGUAGAGGCAACUGAAGAUGGAUCGUGCUAUUCCCGUCGGCAUAUUGUCUCAAAGUUCCACUUUGUGGAUUUGGCUGGAUCAGAAAGAGUAACCAAAACAGGGAAUACUGGUGAACGGUUCAAAGAAUCCAUUCAAAUCAAUAGUGGGUUGCUGGCUUUAGGAAAUGUAAUAAGUGCUCUUGGGGACCCGCGCAGGAAGAGUUCACAUAUUCCAUAUAGGGAUGCUAAAAUUACCCGGCUUCUGAAAGAUUCUCUGGGGGGCAGUGCCAAGACUGUCAUGAUCGCUUGUGUCAGCCCAUCCUCCUCGGAUUUUGACGAGUCCUUAAAUUCUCUCAAAUAUGCCAACAGAGCACGCAACAUUAGAAACAAACCCACCUUAAACUUCAGCCCAGAGUCAGACCGAAUGGACGAAAUGGAAUUUGAGAUUAAGUUGCUUCGAGAAGCUUUGCAAAGCCAGCAGGCUAGUAUCAGCCAAAGCAGCCAGAUCCCUCGAGAGGAGACUCCUGAUAAAAAUAGGAUCCAUUCUCUUGAGGAGCAAGUAGCUCAGCUACAAGGAGAAUGUCUGGGGUACCAAAAUUAUAUAGAGGAAGCCUUUACAUUCCUAGUGGACUUAAAAGAUGCUGUGAGACUAAACCAAAAGCAGCAACACAAACUACAGGAGUGGUUUAACAUGACCCAGGACGUCAGGAAGGCAAUUCUCACCUCCUUCAGAGGAAACCAAGGCAAUGGAAACCUGGAAGAGGAACCACAGCAUAUUACAAUUCUCCAGCUGAAGCGAGAGCUUAAGAAAUGCCAGUGUGCUCUCGCUGCUGAUGAAGUAGUAUUUAAUCAGAAGGAGCUGGAGGUGAAGGAACUAAAGAAUCAGGUGCAAAUGAUGGUACAGGAAAACAAAGGACAUGUUGUAUCUUUGAAAGAAGCGCAAAAAGUGAAUAGAUUGCAGAAUGAAAAAAUAAUAGAACAACAACUUCUUGUGGAUCAACUGAGUGAAGAACUAACAAAACUUAACCUAUCAAUGACUUCUUCGGCUAAGGAAACUUGUGGAGAUGGGCCAGAUGCCAGGAUAUGUGAAGAGAGACCAUAUACUGCACCAUUUGAUACUCGUUUGGGGCAUUGUAUUUAUAUCCCAGCAAGAUCAGAUUCCAGGAAGGUCUACACGAGUCCUUCUGUGUACUCUCUGGAUCGAGUAGUUGCUGGAUUUCGAACACGAAGUCAGAUGCUGCUGGGUCACAUAGAAGAACAAGAUGAAGUCCUCCACUGCCAAUUUUCUGAUAACAGUGAUGAUGAAGAAUCAGAAGGCCAAGAGAAGUCUGAAAUUAGAUGUAGAAGUCACCCAUGGAUUCAAAAGCCAUUCAAAAAGCCAGGGUCUGUUUGUUCUCUUGUUGAGUUGAAUGAUAUUCAGGAUCAAACACAAAAGUCAAGUUCGGGGAAUGAAGAUUUACAGAUUGACUAUCUCCAGGAGAGUCAGGAGUUGAAUUUGCAAAAAUUAAGGAAUUCAGAACUCAUACUUACUGAAGCUAAACAAAAAAUGAGAGAACUUACAAUUAAUAUCAAGAUGAAGGAAGAUCUGAUUAAAGAAUUACUAAAAACAGGUAAUGAUGCCAAGUCUGUAAGCAAACAGUAUUCUCUGAAAGUAACAAAACUUGAGCACGAAGCAGAACAGGCGAAAGUGGAAUUAACUGAAACACAAAAGCAGCUACAGGAACUGGAAAACAAAGAUCUUUCUGAUGCUGCUUUGAAAGUAAAAUUACAGAAGGAGUUCCGUAAAAAGAUGGAUGCUGCAAAGCUAAGAGUCCAGGUCUUACAGAAGAAGCAACAAAAUAGUAAGAAAUUGGCAUCAUUGUCGAUCCAAAAUGAGAAACGUGCUAAUGAACUAGAGCAGAAUGUAGAUCACAUGAAAUAUCAAAAGAUACAGCUGCAAAAAAGACUUCGAGAAGAAAAUGAAAAAAGGAAGCAACUGGAUGCAGAAAUUAAGCAGGAUCAACAAAAAAUCAAAGAACUAAAGUUAAAAACAGAACAGGAAGAAGGUCUGAAACUGAAAGCUGAGGAUCUUGAUGCAUUGAAGAUGAAAAGGAGAAAAGGUUCGUUUGGAAGUAUAGACCAACUCCAGAAAUUGGAUGAGCAAAAGAAAUGGUUAGAUGAAGAAGUAGAGAAAGUUCUAAACCAACGCCAAGAAUUAGAAGAGCUGAAAGAAGACUUAAAGAAACGGGAGGCCAUAGUUUCUAAGAAGGAGGCCCUGUUACAGGAGAAGAGCCACCUGGAAAAUAAGAAGUUGAGAUCUAGUCAGGCCUUAAACCUAGAUAGUUUGAAAAUAUCAACUCGCCUGAACUUGUUGGACCAAGAGUUGUCUGAAAAGAAUGUGCAGCUCCAGAGCAGCACUGCUGAGGAGAAAAUAAAGAUUUCAGAACAAGUUCAAGUCCUCCAGAAAGAAAAGGAUCUGCUGCAGAGACGAAGAAACAGUGUGGAUGAGAAACUUAAAAAUGGUAGCGUGUUAUCACCUGAAGAAGAACAUGUUCUUUUCCAACUUGAAGAAGGAAUUGAAGCUUUGGAAGCUGCAAUUGAAUACAAGAAUGAAAGUAUCCAGAGUCGCCAGAACUCACUCAGAGCUUCAUUACAAAACCUUUCUCAUAGUGAAGCAGAUGUCUUGGAAAAACUAAUUUGCCUGAACCCUAUUGAAAUUAGAGCUAUUCUUUUCAGAUAUUUCAAUAAGGUGGUUAAUUUGAGAGAAGCUGAACGGAAACUACAGUUACAGAAUGAAGAAAUUAAAAUGAAGGUUCUUGAACGGGAUGAUAUGGUUCGUGAGUUGGAAUCUGCACUGGAACAUCUGAAAUUGCAGUGUGACCGGAGACUGACCCUCCAGCAAAAGGAACACGAACAAAAAAUGCAGUUGCUUUUACAUCAUUUCAGAGAGCAAGAUGGGGAAGGCAUUACAGAAACUUUAAAAACAUAUGAAGAUAAAAUACAGCAGCUGGAAAAAGAUCUUUAUUUCUAUAAGAAAACCAGCAGAGAUCUUAAGAAGAAACUUAAGGAACUGGUAGGAGAAGCAGCUCGACGGCAACUGGUACCAUCAGAACAUCAUGAUGCUGGAGAUGGAGUUCUGAACCCAGAAGAAGCAAGCAUGGUUUCAGAAGAAUUAAAAUGGGCAUCCAGAACUGAACAUAUGAAAUUAAGUGGAAGAGACAGAGAAUUAGACAGUUCAGUAAGCAGCUUAAGAACAAAACCAAAUCUUCAGAAGCCCUGGGAAGAUGGACCAGAAUUACCUCCAAUUUAUAGCUCUUUAGCACCCACUAGUGGGUAUUUGUUUAGCACUGAGGAUAAAGCAGAAAUAGAUGAAAAUCAGUUUACAAAAUCUCAUAGUCGACCAUCACCCCAAAUUCAGCCAGUGGGAAAUGUGGGACAGCUUCAUGGUGUCACGCCUGUAAAGUUGUGUCGCAAAGAGUUACGUCAGAUUUCUGCCUUAGAACUAUCAUUACGACGUUCCAGUCUUGGAGUUGGGGUUGGAUCUAUGACUGCUGAUUCCAUUGAAGUAGCUAGGAAACCGAGUGACUUAAAAACUUAGGCGUUUAAUAAUAGAACUUUAAAUUUAGUAGAUGUGUAAGAUUCCUUUCUCUAACCUGUUAAAGCUUAGGCUCACUCGCUCUUCCCUCAGGAUAAAGGAAGAAGGAGAGGAAGGAAUCGCUAAUUGUUUGUAUACCAUAGAUGUGUAUAUCUUCUAUAGUAUAUUUGGGGAGUUUUAAUUUGCAUUUCCCUAAUAACCAAACAAACACGUUUUCCAAUACUAUCAAGUAAUGGAACAUUUAAAUAUUUCCACUUAUAAAUUUACUUAAAUUUUUUUCCAGGUAUAUUUGAAGAACAAAACUAAGAGUAGAAUAAUAAACUAAAAAAUCCAUAAAAUGUACAUUAUUAUAUAAUAUAAAAGUAUAUUAUAUUGUAAAAGUAUGUUAUAAUACAAUAAUAUGUUUGUAUUAUUGUUAUUCUCAAAUACAAGUAUAUUUUUGUUAUUUUAAAAAGAUCCAGUUAAAUAUUGCUUGUGUCAGAAAGAGUCACUUGCUGCAUAUGUUUUGGCACAGCUGAAAAUUUAUGCCAAAAUGCAGUCUGUGGGCUAAGGCAACUGGCUAGGUUUAUGGAUUAAAGUUAAUUUAUGGUCCUCAGAACGCACAGAGUUGAGUGAUCAGUUUUGACUUUUUAAACAUGGUCUCUGCUCUUUGUCUGGAAUUAUUUUUAGAAUAGUAUUGGUUUGUUAAUAUUUGGGAUAUAUGUUUUCAUCUCUUUCCUGCCCUGUCUAUUCAACAUGUCUCUCAAUAUGCUACUAAAAUUGGGAGAAAUGGAUGCAGUCCCAUGGAAGAGGGAAACGAUAGAAUAGCACUAAAGCAUUCUGACAUUUCAAGGAAAAGGUGUCUGGUCACAUAGAGUACACCUGUACAGCUUAAAGUCUAGCCAGAGGAUCUGAUGGGCUUAAUCUGAGAUUUUUCUCUACAAUCUGCUUAGUCAGGACUUGCACACAGACCGGCCAGACACUGGGGCUGUAAAUAUGUAAAUAAACAUUUUUCUUCAAGAUUUUUUUCGUCCAAACCUUAUUAUAUAAUAUAAACUUCAGUUUGGAAUUAAGAACUAAACGUUGAUUUGGCCAACAAGUACAGUUUGGACUUUUUCAUCAUAUUUUUCAAUCAUAGAAAACAUCCCAUUAUAAUGACCAGAGGUAUUAUUUUGUUACUUAUGUUAUUUUUGUUACUUUUCUAAACUUGCACUUGUAAAAUAAAAUUGUUUCUUAAACUGAUUAAUGUUUGUGGGGGGCAGUAGCCAGACCACCCUGACUUAUGGAUGCCUACUCAAUUAGAGUCACCCACUUCCUUGCUGACUCCUUUUUUUCUUAUCUGAUGCUGUUACUAAUUUUUUUCUUUGGUCCUUUUCUUUGUUGCUAUUGACCUUGACCAUCUUACCUAAGACUCAAACUAUCACCUAUGCUCAAAGACUUAAGGUUUUGUUUUUCUAGUUUCUAGCCCCUAGGGAGUAGGGUUCCUCGGUCCCAUUGCUCAAAACCAGUUCCUAUGGAAGAGAACCAAAACAAAACAAACUUCUAAAUUGGUGAAUAGUUUCUGUCUCUCUUAAACAUGGUACUAAAAUUCAGUUAAAUUAUGGCUUAAAUACACUUUGUGGACUUACUUGGGAACUGAACCACAAUUUAUAACAAUGAGAAAUUGCUUCAAACAACAAAUUUACAAACUAACUUAGAAAUUUUAUUUUUAACGGACUAUUUGAAGUCAGAUUCUUUUUUUUAAGCUAGUUUCCUCUUUUGCCUUUGGUUUGUAUGAUAUAUAUCAUAUAUAUCAUAUAUAAUGUAUAGAUAUAUAAAAUGGCAAAAGGCCAGUGCCUUAACAAGGCACAGCAAUUAUAUAUUUAUUAAUAAAUACAUAUUUAUUAAUGAAGGUCUUACUUGUAAAUUCCCUAUAAGAUUAAGUAAUAAUUUAGAAAUAAUUCAUAAGAGUGUAUUCUGACACUGGAACCUUGCUUGCCUACUCAAUUGACACAUAUUUGUUUUACCUGUGGAAAUAUAAACACAUUUUCUAAAAGGCAGCUUAGUAACAAAGCAAGAAAAUUUAUAUCAAACUAACAAUGAUUAGAUUUGAUAAUGCAAGUGUGAACUGACUUCUAAAUAACAAAGGUACAAUUUUUUUGUUUUUGGUUAAACAUAUAUCCUUUGUAUGCUAUGAUGGAUUUCAUAUACAUACACAAACACAUAUACAUAAAUAAUGAUAAUGUCCUGAGUAAUAUGUUCUGGAAGUGAACCUCUUGUUAAUCUAGUUUAGUCAGUGCCCUCACAAAGGAAAGAAAAAUUAAGGUAACUCCCCCAAGGCAAAUAAAAUUAAUUUUUUACACAUACUAAUAAUUAAUUUUACUCUUCUGUUUCACAUGCUUUACUUAGUCUAAACAUUUUGUCAUUGUGCUUGCCUUUUUGCAUGCAUUUAAAAUAUGUUUGUGGUUUUCUUUUUUUGUUCAUUAUGGGUUUUUUGCCCACCUCUAACAGCAUUUGAAAGGAACCAUAUUUGCCUCCAUACAUUACUAGUUCCUUCUCUGUCUCCGGUGUGCUGCAGAUAGCAGAGUUGGAGAAUUCUGUAAGUUUGGGAGCCAUGGGUGGCGAGAGCAUCAGUGAAGGUGCUUUUGUGCUUCAGUGUUGGUUUUCUUUUGCUUAUGGUUUUGGAUUUUUUUUGUCUUUCAAUUCUUCAUGUCUUCAUGAACUCAGGAUCCAAGGAAUCAGCAAAAAUACACAUGAUCUUCAAGAAUAUGGACUUUAUUGCCACUAACCAUUGGUUGUUUGUAUUAGUCCAGGUCAAUAAAGUGCUAAAUGCUUACUUAAGAA